CCCCAGUCAGAGUUGAAGAGUGCAAGACAGGAGUCCUCCCAGUCAGCAGGGGGUAGCAGCAGGCAUGCAGGACUCCGCCUCUGACCUCAAGAUGGCCAAACAGGAACACAACUCCAAGCAUCUGGACGAAAGCAGAGAAACAGACGAGAAGCCUUGGGAGGCGUCGCCAAACAAGAACCUCAAAUCGCCCCAGAAAGGCUCCAAGCGGCUGAAAACGGCUCCCUUCAAAGUGACCCUGCUAGACUCCGUGGAGUUCGAAGGAGAAAUUGAGAAACACUCAAAAGGACAGACCCUGAUGGACAUGGUCUGCGAGCACCUCAACUUGCUGGAGAAGGACUACUUUGGCCUGACCUUUGCUGACAUGGACACACAGAAGAACUGGUUGGACCCCUCCAAGGAGAUCAAGAAGCAGAUGCGCAACUCUCCAUGGCACUUUGCCUUUGCGGUCAAGUUCUACCCUCCAGACCCCUCCCAGCUCACAGAAGAUAUUACCAGAUACUACCUGUGUCUGCAGCUGAGGGACGACAUGCUGUCAGGUCGGCUGCCAUGCUCAUUCGUCACUCACGCCCUCCUCGGCUCUUACACCGCUCAGGCCGAGCUGGGAGACUACGACCAGGAGGACCACGGCUCGGACUACGUCAGCGAUUUCCGCUUUGCCCCCAACCAGACCCGCGAGCUGGAGGAGAGAGUGAUGGACCUCCAUCGAAAUUACAAGGGGAUGACUCCAGCAGAGGCUGAAAUGAACUUCUUGGAGAAUGCAAAGAAGCUGUCCAUGUAUGGUGUGGACCUCCACCACGCUAAGGAUUCUGAAGGGAUUGAAAUUAUGCUGGGUGUUUGUGCCAAUGGUCUGCUGAUUUACCGAGAUAGGCUGAGAAUCAACCGCUUUGCCUGGCCAAAGAUCCUGAAGAUCUCUUAUAAGAGGAGCAACUUUUACAUCAAGAUACGACCUGGAGAGUACGAGCAAUUUGAAAGUACAAUUGGUUUUAAGCUUCCCCACCAUAGAGCUGCCAAGAGGCUGUGGAAGGUCUGCAUUGAGCAUCACACUUUCUUUCGGUUGGUAUCUCCAGAGCCUCCACCUAAGGGUUUCUUGGUAAUGGGUUCAAAGUUCCGAUACAGUGGAAGGACACAGGCUCAAACCAGACAGGCCAGUGCACUUAUAGACCGGCCUGCUCCACACUUUGAGCGCUCCACCAGUAAGAGGUACCUGCUGUCCAGGAGCUUGGACGGAGAGUUUUCACGGCCAGUCUCUGCCAUGUGUGAGAACCAUGAUGACUUGUCCCACCGCAGUGUCAGUGAACACCGUUGCCUCCACAGCCCAUCUGUGGAUGAGCAGGAGACCGAGCUAGAGCCCAGUCUGGAGCAGGAUGAGGAGGACAAGGACCAAGAUGAGGGUCAGGAAUCAGAACAGGACAGAGACGCAGAUGGCAACGUUAGCCCAAGCCGAAAGAAGGAGAUCAGGGAGGAGGCUGGGUCACCAGUUGACAAUAAACAGGAGGUUUCUCAGUUGGACCAGGAGGCCACACCUCGGCACAAACAGGAGUUCCUGGACAAGUCACAGGACGUGUUGCUGAAGCACCAGGCAAGCAUCAAUGAGCUGAAGAGAGCGCUGAGGGAACCCAACAGUAAGCUGAUGAACCGUGAGAAGCGUCUGUCCGCAACCUCGCCGACCAGCACGCCAGAGAAGAAGGCUUCUGUGGGCCGAGCAGCUGGAAAGGAACCUGUAAACAGCCUGUCUGUUGAGGGUUACGUCCAGAAGACUAUGGUGACAUCACCUGAGGGCUCUGAGGAGUGGGUAUUGAUUGAAAACCAAGAAACUUAUCAACCAGACCAAAAGUGGAAGGCAGAAGAAAGAAACAAAUCUCUUGCAUCUGAUUCCUUGUGGGAGAAAAAGGAGCUGGAAAAAGAGAUCAAUGUUACCAUGAUGAUACAUAAAGAGGUGACAGGGAAUGACAGAAAAGGAAUGAAAAGCCAUAUUGGUGAAACAAAACCAUCCAGUGAGGCAGAUGAGUGCUCUGAAUCUUGGCCGACCAACAAAGGCCGUUUUGUGAUUCAGUUAUCUGAGAAUGCAGACUCGUUUCAAGACAAAUCUCAAAGUAAACCAUCCCACGCCUCAGACCCCGAGGCGAACAGCGUGGCGGCCCUGGGCUCACGCCAGACAAAGGACCAUGCAGUGUCUAAACAAAGGAAAAAGAGGAGACCCCAGAGCUUAAACCUAGGAAUGCCUGCAGAGCUCAUCUACAGGAAAGCAGGCAGUGAUUCUUCCGGAGACGAAAAUGAAGAGUCAGACUCAGACGUUAGCCCAAAAAUAAAUUCUCAAACAAAAAAUCAUUGUGAAUCCUCCAUGGUGAUGGAGAAAGACGAUGAGGCAUCAGAAAAGAGUAAUUUGGUCAGGGUCUCUGAAGACACUAAACAGGAGGAAUUCUCAGUAGUAGAAAGUAGAGAGAGCACCGAGCAGGUAAAGAGAAAAAUAGUGAGCGAGGUUGAAACCACAGAUAUUAAUUUAGGGUCGGUGAACGGACCUGGAAAGAUGGAACACGAUAGUUCAUUAAUGGAUGUUAAAGGAGAAUGUGUGUUGAAAAUCCGAGGAAAGGGCCUUAUUGACAAUAAAGAGCUUGCUGAGGUAAAGCUGAGACAGGUCAGGACACACGAGAGGAAGAUCAGUAGUUCUGGCUCUGAGGAUGUAGAAGGUUUCUUGGGGGAGAGAGGUCAGAGGACGUCUCUCCACCGACUGUCAGGCAGCAGCUACCAGUCUGAAAUCACCAGGAUUGUUCCUUUAAAGCCAGAGAGGUCAAAGAGCAUAGCAUGUAAGGAUGAGAGGGACAGGACAGGACAGGAGGAGCCCUCUCGGGUCAUCAGAAGAGAAUACCGCUGGUCGGUCGGCUCUCCGGAAGGAUCCUCAGACCUCAACUGGACUGACGUCUCCACCUUCCAUUCGGCAUUUGCAGCAGAUGUGGAGGGCUUUGCCAAAACAGAGCAAGCUGAUGAUAACUAUCAGUCUGGUAGAGGAACUACAGAGAGUCACUCAUUCAGCUCAAAGAUUUCAGCGCUUCACAAAAUGGCUCCCCCAGCACCACCCGUUAAGACACAGAAGGCCAGGGAGUCCGGGCUAAUACUGCGGAACAGUCGCAAUGUCGGCAGGGAGCCGAGCCUGGACGCGGCCAAGAAGAGACACUCGGAGCCUGUUUCCACUCCUGCCAUUUAUGAAGAGCCGUUUGCUGAUUUUAAGAAGGAGUUUGUGGACAGGAGGCUCCAACCUAGUGUAGCCACAGAAGAAGAGCAGGAGCGGGACACCGUGGCCUGCAUGAGAGAAACCCAACUGGGCAUCGAGCGGAAGUGCUCCAGCAUGACUGUCAGCUCCACGUCCAGCCUGGAAGCCGAGGUUGACUUCACUGUCAUCACCGAUCUCCACCCUGGUGUGGAGGACUUCUCUAAAGGCAUGUUGGAGCUCGGGGAGAGGGAGCGACUGCCCGAGGUGGGACGUGAGGACUUUGAGGAGACCUCCAGGUUCUACUCCGCCCGUCUGAUGGGUUCACGGGACAAGUCUCCCAUUGAGGAGAAGCUUCCUGAGGCGGGAAUGCAUUAUGAGCCUCCCGUGGCAAAGAAAGACCCCAGUGCUGUCACUGUGGCUCAUAUGCUGAAAAGAGCCGACUCCAAGACUGAGACGCACACAAAUGGAUCAGAGGUUCAUCCCAACAUCGUUAGUUUCUCACCACAGAGCUGUGGAGUGGUCAGUCCACGGGAGGCUCCUUCUGUCCUGAAAGAAAAUGGCUCCCCUGUAAAAGCCAGUCCCCAGGAGAGAGAGUCCGUCGUGUCCCCACUGACCAUCACUGCUGAGAGCGUCACCUCAGCAACCACGACUCAAGUUACUAAGACUGUAAAAGGAGGAUACUCAGAGACUAGAAUCGAGAAAAGGAUUAUCAUCACAGGAGAUGACGAUGUGGACCAACAUCAGGCGCUCGCCAUGGCGAUCCAAGAAGCCAAGCAGCAGCACCCUGACAUGCUGGUGACAAAAGCAGUGGUUAUCAGGGAAACGGAGUCUCCCACAGAGGACGUGCAGCAGGAAACUGAGUCCUGAUCAGUCACGGUUGCCGGGGAGACACAUGGAGAGAAGGAUCCUCCUGCUCCUCCCUGUAGGUCGCCACCUAGAGGACUAUCUCCCCCACUGAGGACACACCAUCACAAGAACUAACUGAGCUCCAUGAAGUCGUCAGCAGACCUUCACUCUUGUCCCUUUAGACAAACCAACUGUGACCCAGCUUCUUGGACGAGCCUGGCUCAGCCUGGCCCGGCCUGGCCUAUCCCAGUCCUCCACCUCCUUACAGAACAGGAAGAGGUAACCACUUAGCAUGAUGCGAGACUGAGAGAGAGGAAAAAACCCAGUCACGGCUGUCACUAUUUGAAAUCCCCCCUCUAUUUAGAGUCAUUUGUCUGAAACUUUACUUGCGUAUCAUUUAAUCAAAAACAUUUCGAGUCAUUUGAACCCUCAGGAUCAUUUUAAAUCCGAACACCCCACACCCCCAGUACCUUACCCUUUACCUAAAAAAUAAGAAAUCUUUCUAUUUUAAUGUCAAAUACUGUAUCUUCUCUGUGCUACUGUCACAUAUGAAAUGUAUAUAAGAGCAGAGAAUGGUGAUGGUGGGGACGGGGGGGGGGGCAGCCAUUUUGCUUGUCGUUGCCACCUCUUGGCUGUGACGCCUUCAGUAUAAUCAACAGCUGUCUUAUUAGCUUUUUACAUUUUUAUCAAUAGAGAAUCUAAUUUAUGUCCAGUGUUUGCUUGUUUAUGAAAUAUGUAUAAUAUCAGAUUAUUAUAAUCUGCAUGAGUCAAUAACAACAUAGCAGAGGGAAUGAAAAAAGUCAAUACAUACAAGCUGUGAUGUGACGGGACUGAGCAGCUGCAGAGGAAAAACAUGUGAUAAAAACAAUAUAGAUAUAUAUAUAUAUAUAUAUAUAUACAUGUAUAAAACAAUGCUGGGACAAUGAGUGGUGGACACUUAACCAAUGUUGAGGGACUUUGCAGAGGAAUGUGAGGACAGUUCAGUGGACAGCUGGAACCCCUGUCUUCAUCACACAAACAUCUCUACUGUCCUUGUCCUCUUUCUCCCGUCCUCCACUGUUUUCAUUUUCACCGUCAACAAACACAAAGAAAUGCCGGGGACACGUUUUGGGAACUGUUUUAAAGAUUUGUAGAGAAAUUUUAAUAUAAAUAAGGUUUCAUCUGAUAAGUUUAAAUAAUGUGAUGAUAAGUUUUACUGUUUUCUUACUUGAUUUCUUUAUUUUGUUUUGUUUUGUUUUAUUUGAUUUAUUGCUGUUGUGUAUUUGGAUGUUUCAGUCUUCACGUGUGAACCUGCCGUCGUCAAUAUAAAAGUUUGUGACCUUCUACUUAAAGGUAAUUAACAUUUAUCAACACGUUAUUUAGAGCAGGAGUUUCCAACUGCUUAGCCAGACAUGAAACCUGCCAACUACUUCGUGUUCUGUCAUUUUUUUUCCUGGAAGUGUCAAUAUUUAAUUUAUUGAACAUCAAUUUAUUUUCAUUUAAAAUGACCAGACCUUAACAAGGCUCUGCUGCAGAUGGAAGUAUGUGUGACACUCACACAUAAAGUUAUCACACUAUGACAUUUUCUGCGGAAAACAGGGUAGGGGCUCACAGGGUAGGGGUGAAUUAAAGGUCCUGCGUUUAAGAAAUAGUGACAUCUACCUUCACCUACCAGAAAGGAUGAUGUUUGUCUUUAAGUCUUUGCUUCAAACCACUGUGGCUUGUUGUUUAUUCAUUUGAGAUGCUGCAGAAACACGGCAGCCUCCUUAAGUACAUAUAAUUAUUCUAAGGCUUUCAAAAGCAAACAGCUUUAUAUAAUCAGUGUUUUUGAAUCUCCUUUGUGCCACAGCACAUUUCUUUCCUUGUAAAACAAAUCCCUGGGAACACAUCUAUUCCAAAUGUGACAGAAAGAAACAUCACAGUAGACUAAUAUGGGUCUAUACUUUUCCUCUUUGUUGGCAGUCUUGUCACUUUUUUUAACAGUCUUUAAUUCCCUAAAUCUGAAUAUCAGUAAUGUCAGAUAAGGCUAACACACUACUGCCACCCACUGGCUGUACCACCAAUAUUACAACCAUAUGCUCAAGAAUUUUAUGUAUGAAAUCAAUGCUUUUGCACAAUUUUCUGGACCCAGUUGUGUAUACUCUAACUAUCACAGUAGUUGAUGAGAAACACUUGUUUAUGCAUCUUAACAAGACAUUUGCCCUGUAGUGAAGGUCCGUCAGAACAUUCAUUGUUGGUAGCCCCUGAUCUAGAGAGACAACAUCCACAUUGUAAAAACAGGUUUAAAUUGUGAAUUUCAGUGAAUUCUAAGACUGAUUCUGAUAAUAAUCCAUCCCAUCAUCCCAGAACCUGCUCAAAUAACUUGUACGCAGUGAAACGAACUGUCCAUUGGGAUGCCUGAAACAUUCAGAAACACAAGAUUAACAUGGUUUGCUAUAUUGUUGUGUUUUUUGUUGUUGUUGUUGGAUUAACUCUUUUAAAUUUUAAAUUAUGGUGUAUGAGUUUGUUGUUGUAUUUAUAGGAGUGGCGAGUAUGAGGCCUGUGCUUUUCCUCCCCCCCCCCACCUCACAGACAAAGACUCUGAGUGUGACACACGUGACUAUCCACAGGACCCGUUAACAUGUAUCCUGGAUGACCUUUAAUACUAUGCAUCACUUAUCAUACAUGAGGAUCCCUCUGACAGAGCCUGGGCCGUGCUAGCCGUACUGCUGUCAUUGUUAACUCUGUGCUACUGUUAGACCAAAGCAGUGAACCUGCACUGCUUGUGUGAAUUUGCAAUAAGCAGCCAUUGCUCUCGUAUCCUCUGUCCUCUAAAGGGAGAAAACUGUGAACUUUCAUGAAAGUGAAACCAAAAUAUAGCAGAAUGUGUGCUGGAGCUUUUCCAACACUUGGAUUUCCAUGGCUUUGUCUCCCUCCUUGUCUUAAUUCCCCCACAAACCCUUUGACUUGAAACUGUCCACCUGCUGUUGAUGUGUCUGUGGAAAAAAAAAAUAGAAGAGAUUCCUACACUGAUGUAUAUUUUGCUCUAUUUGAUUCUAACUGGUCACAUGACACUGGACUGUUUUGAAGGCACUAGCUCGCCAUGAUAGCAGCGCGUAUACUGUUAACUGUUAGAAAACUAAAAUGGCCUCCUUUCCGAAGAGAAACAAGAGGAUGGAUGACCUGUACUUUAUAUAUAACUUCCCCUACUUGUGUGAAUUAACCUGUAAACUAUAUAGAAACUGACAGGAUCCGAUUUGUUAGUAGGUUGAAAGGACGAGGCAGUAAUAAGUAGAAGCAGAAGGACAGCGGAGCAAUAGAAGUGUCACAUGAACGGGUGCCUUAUGUUCGAGUCGUGGCUGUGGGAGUCGCAGUUAUCAUCAGUGGUCCAGCUGAAAGUACCGUUAAUCACCGCGAGGCAGAUGUAGAAACGACCUGUCCUGUCAGUCCAAGGUGAGGAGGAGCCAUUUUAUAAGAGUGAGUUAGUGUCUUGUAAAGAAUGUGACACUGAGUGCUGUGGGAAAAGUAGUCUCUGUGAAUCUGCACUGUUAGUCCACAGUGAGGUUACAAAAAAAACAAAAACAAAAAAAAUGUAUUCACCCCCAUUAACGUAGAAAACCAGCUCAGUGCCGAUAAUAAUUUAUUUCUUCUUCUUUCUUUUUUUUUUUUAGAGGUUUUUUUUUUUCAUGAAGAGCAUCACUGUUUAGCCCAAACAUUCAACUCUCCACUGCCUUUUUGCUCUACAUCCCCCUAGUGCUUGGUGGUGUGUACUUGCUGUAUUUGCAUUCAAAUCUAAAUGGAAAACAUACAUGCAUAAAUAAAUGUCUCAGUAUGACUCAAA